UACAAGGUCUACGCCUCUUUGAUUCCUCCCCCCAACGAAAACACGGACAAGAGAAUUAAUGGCCGUCUCUCUCUCCUCUCAGAUUUCUCUUCUUCUUCCUCUUCUUCUCCAACUGGUAAACUUUUUGACACCUUCCAUGGCGGUUCUCUUCUCCUCCCUUCCCAAGACCAUCGUGGUCACUGCGUCUCCAGAUCCGGGCCAAGUGUUGCACGCCGGCGAAGACCGGAUCACGGUGCGGUGGUCGCUGAACCGGAGCCUGCCGGUCGGCGUUGAUUCAGGCUACGAGAUGGUCAAGUUCCUCCUCUGCUACGCGCCGGCGAGCCAGAUAGACCGCGGGUGGCGCAAGACCUACGACAGCCUGAAGAAGGACAAGACGUGCCAGUUCAAGAUGACGACCGAGGCCUACGGAGGCGGCGGCGCCGAGUACUCCUAUGCGUACACUGUGGAGCGCAGCAUCCCCACGGCCACUUACUUCGUGAGGGCGUACGCGCUGAACGCCGACGGCACCCAGGUGGGCUACGGGCAGACGACGGACGACGGGAAGAGGGCGAACUUGUUCGAGGUGGUGGGCAUCAGCGGCCGCCACGCGUCGCUGGAUGUCGCCGCAGGAUGCUUCUCGGCCGUCUCGGUGGGGGCGCUGGUAAUAUUCUUCUUCGUGGGGGGAGAAGAGGAAGUUAAGAAGAAAUGAGAAGAAUCUUUUCUUCUAAUUAGGUUCGUGGAUUGUGAUCAUUAUGAAAAAUACAUAUAAUUGUCUUAUAUAUAUUUUUAAUAAUUUGGAUAUUCAAACUUCGUUCGAGUAA